GGAUAUAGGCCCAUUCUAAAUCCCGAAGGCCCAACCCACAAACAUCAAUCCAAUAACAAAAUAAUCAAAGACCGAAAACCGGCUCGGGUUCACAAACCGAACUAAACCGGGCAUGUGUUGAAACCCUAAUCUCCUAUCAAAGAACAUGAUCGGAGCCGCCGUCCAAAUCUGCAGAUUCUCGCCAGAACAUGACCUCCGGUGAGCCUGGACGACGCAAGCCGAACGAGAUGGUGAUCCAAGAUCCGUUUCCAUCCCGCCACCAUAGAGUCGUAAUGAGGAGGAGGAAGAGAUACGAUUUCGUCUUUGUCGAGGAGAUCCUUGCUCGGACAUCUCCGUCUUCCACUCUGCAUCGCUACACCGCCGGUAGAGCUCUUACCGUCAGUGUCGGGCAGAAGCUUCUCCCCUCUACUGCUCCUUUGAUUUUGGAUGAGAUCACAAGCCCUCUCACCGCACAAAUCUUCGAUUUUUGCGAUUCACAGUUAUUUCAAGAAACCUUCAAUCAAACUUCUGAAGUGACCUCUGCUUCAAACGGUUGUGGCUAUGUCGAAAACAACAACACCAACAACUUUCCAGACAAAUCCAACAGUGGUUCGAAUCAAGAUCAUGAAGACAACACCGACAACGCUGAUUUAUCGAUCAUAUUUGAUUCACAAGAUGAUUUCGAUAACGAUAUCACAGCUUCUAUCGAUUUCUCUUCAUCCAUCCAGUUCCCAGUCUCCGAUCAACUCCAAGAGCAGUUUGAUUUCAGCGGGAUUCAACUUCAUCAGCCUCCGAACGCUCUCUACUCUUCCUCCUCCGGUGAACUUCUGCCUCCGCCUUUAUCGGUUUUCGAAGAAGAUUGUCUUUCUUCUGUCCCAAGUUACAAUCUUGGCUCCAUAAACCCUUCUUCUCCUUCUUGCUCUUUUUUGGGUAAUACCGGUUUACCGACUUACAUGACAGUAACCGGGAAUAUGAUGAACACCGGUUUAGGAUCUGGUUUUUACUCCGGGAGUAUCCAUCUCGGUUCUGAUUUUAAACCAUCACAUGAUCAAUUGAUGGAAAUUCAGGCUGAUAAUGGUGGAUUGUUCUGUCCAGAUCCGAUUAAACCCAUCUUCAAUCCAGGAGAUCAUCAUCUCCAGGGACUUGACGGUGGCGAGAACCAGAACCACAUGGUGGCACAGCCGGUUCUUCCGCAGUUAGGGACGGAGAUAACCGGUUUAGACGACCCGAGUUUCAACAAAGUCGGAAAACUCUCCGCCGAGCAGAGGAAAGAGAAGAUUCAUAGGUACAUGAAGAAGAGGAACGAGAGGAAUUUCAGCAAGAAAAUCAAGUAUGCAUGUAGAAAGACAUUGGCAGAUAGUCGUCCAAGAGUUAGAGGAAGAUUUGCAAAGAAUGAUGAAUUUGGUGAACCAAAUAGACAAGCUUGUUCAAGCCAUCAUGAAGAAGAUGAUGAUGAUGUGGGGGUAAAGGAAGAAGAACAAUUAGUUGAUUCUUCGGACAUAUUUUCACACAUAAGUGGUGUGAACUCUUUCAAAUGCAAUUAUCCAAUUCAGUCUUGGAUUUGAGUUGGAUUACUUGCAUGGUCUUAUGAUUUACAAAAAAAUAAAAUAGUAUCAUUAUA